UGGAGGUACUUGGGGCGGCUCACAUGGAGGCUGCGCGGUGGCGGGCGGCCGAGUCCGGCCAGCCGGGCGCGGGCCAUGUCCUCCUCCGGAGCAAGGAGCGGCGUGCAAGGCUGGGCCGGGAAGAGGAGCCCGCUGCUGCUGGGGGCCGCCUUCGCCCUGGGGGGCACCUUGGGCCUCUCCCAGACGCUGCGGCGCCGCGUCCAAGGCCGGGAGCAGCUGGCCGAGGAGGAGCAGCAGCAGCAGCAGCAGGAGGAGGAGGCCGCCGAGCUGACCCUGUACCAGUACAAGACCUGCCCCUUCUGCAGCAAGGUGCGGGCCUUCCUCGACUAUCACGGCCUGCCUUACGAAAUCGUGGAGGUGAAUCCGGUCAUGCGGAAGGAGAUUAAGUUCUCUUCCUACAGAAAGGUGCCUAUUCUUCUGGUCAACGUUGGAAGUGCCCUGCAACUGAAUGACUCUUCGGUGAUCAUCAGUGCCCUUAAAACCCAUCUCAUUUCCAGGAAGAAUUUGGACGAGAUUGUGUCCUAUUACCCUUCUAUGAAAGCCCUGAACGAGCGGGGAAAAGAAGUGACGGAAUACGGCAAUAAAUACUGGCUCAUGUUGGAUGAGCAGGAGACGAUGCGCCUUUACCCCAUCAAAGCUGCGAGGACGGAGGAAAUGAAGUGGCGGAAAUGGGUGGACGACUGGCUGGUACACCUCAUCUCGCCCAAUGUUUAUCGCACGCCUAGCGAGGCCCUGGCGUCUUUUGAUUACAUUGUCCGUGAGGGCAAGUUCGGCACACUGGAGGGCUUCUUUGCCAAAUACGUGGGGGCGGCGGCCAUGUUCUUCAUUAGCAAGAGACUGAAGAGCAGGCACCAUCUGCAGGACAAUGUCAGAGAAGAUCUGUACAAAGCAGCCGAUGACUGGGUGAAAGCCAUCGGCAAGCACCGAAUGUUCAUGGGGGGAACCCAGCCGAAUCUUGCUGAUUUGGCUGUGUACGGAGUCUUACGAGUCAUGGAGGGACUGGAAGCUUUUGACGACAUGAUGACUCACACCAAGAUUCAGCCUUGGUACCGUCAUAUGGAGGCAGCCAUUGGACAUGCCGGAGCCACUAACUGAUGUCUUCUAGUGCUGACUUGCAACCGUCACCUGCGGCCCAAGACAUGCUUGUAGAGAAAAGCCGUUUGAGUUGCAAGCAAAAAAAAAAAGAAAGAAAGAAGAUCAUGGAGAAGGGACUGAAAUGAACUAACUGGAAUGCCCCGUGUAGAGAUAGUAAAGGUUUUUUGGGGAGCCAGGAAACAGUAGAAGCGUGGGCCAUGUUUCAUAGGAAGUAUAAAGUGCUAGAGGUACACAAUAGACGUUAUACUUGGCAAGAGAAUUCUGGUCUUAGAUGUGCGUGGAGAGCACCUGUGAUUGAUUGUACGGACUGCAGUGUCAUCUGUUUUUGUUCUGCUUUUGAGAUCCGACUUCCGGUUUUGUUUCUGACUUGCCCUAAAUGUCUUGUCUUCCUGACUGUUUGGAAGCACUGUAAUGGCACAGAUACUUGCAGUAAAAGAUCGAGGAAAUGGGCACUGGGCAAAAGAACCACCUUGUAUGAUGGAAAAGAAGGGACAGCUGUAGAAGAAAUGCACUUCCAGCUCUUCAAAGGCAAUGGGUUUGGAACAUUCCCCCCCCCCCAAUAGAUUCCAAAGUGGCUCAGCUUCUUUCUCGGGGAUGCGUUCUCUAGUUAGGGCUUCUGUGUUACCUGCAGGCAGACUCAGAUAGUGUAAUAUAAGCUGGCAGCAAACAGUUACGAAAUGUCUCUUUGAAAAUGGAGGACAUUUCUGGAAAUGUUCCUCCUGGCUAGAGCAACCGCAUUCUGUAAUCAGUGAAAACAGAGUACCUCCUACACUCCUGAAUUGCUGCCCAGCUAAGAAAUGGCUUGUGGGUAGCUGAGUUCCUACUCAGAAGGCAAUUCCUGGUCAAAAUGAGUGUUGGCAGGGGUUAGGGAGAUCUCUGGCUUUGACUGGGAACUACGGUAAGGCAAGUGGGACACGUCUCUUGGGUGUCGGGGGGACACAUUACCCCUUUAAAGAGCUGCUGCUGAAUUUUCAGCUGUUCAGUGCCAUCUCUGGGUAGGACUGGCGGUGGAGGUGAUUAGCUGGUAAAUCUGCUCCCUGCCUCUCGGGAAAGGCCAGGGGACGUGUGCAGUUUGUGGAACUGCCUUUAUGAGUGCCUGGAGGAGGUCCCCUGCCUGGGUGGGAGGGAAGCCACCUAGUACAGGGCGAACCAGGUGUCCAGGGCAACUCCCCUCCCCUUGCUAUCUGGGACCACGUGGGUAGCAUCCCUGGGCUGAUGCACCUGGGGGGAGGUGGGGCCAACACCUUCCGCCACAUAUAUAAAGACUGUAACCUGUGAGAAUGGCACAAAUACAAAUUUCUGCAUAGAUGUGAUUAUCCCAUAUUUAGGGUCUAUACACAGGCAGCACUUAACUUACAUAUGGAAGUCUGGUAAAAUGUAAAGUA